GUUCGGUUUACUGCACCUAUAGUACACAAAACCAUAAGACCAAAGACAAAGAAACGGUGACAAAGAAAUAGUCAGAGACAGAGGGACAAAGUGUGAGAUGGCUUGGUGUAGUUUAAGGUCAAUCCAUGCUCCGAACGUCGAUUUGGGCGUCCUACGCACGCGCUCUCCAUUAGCCGCAGCUGGGGGAGUUGUAGCUGGAUCUUCCCUUUGGCGAUCUUCCUCCAGAAAAGGCUUUCCUUUUGCUUGCUUAAGCCUCUCCACUUCACCUGGGAUAAAGGAGGCUGUGGCAACUGACAAAGCUCCAGCAGCACUGGGACCAUAUUCUCAGGCAAUUAAGGCCAAUAAUCUUCUCUUUGUCUCUGGUGUUCUUGGUCUUAUUCCAGAGACUGGCAAGUUCAUCUCAGAUAGUGUACAGGAUCAAACGGAGCAGGUACUAAAAAAUAUGGGAGAAAUUCUGAAAGCCAGUGGUGCUGACUAUUCCUCUGUGGUUAAGACAACAAUUAUGCUGGCUGACUUGAAAGACUUCAAGAAAGUAAAUGAGAUCUAUGCUAAAUACUUUCCUUCACCUGCUCCAGCUCGUUCAACAUAUCAGGUAGCAGCAUUGCCAUUGGAUGCCAAGAUUGAAAUCGAAUGCAUUGCUGCACUCAAGGCAUGAUGAAAGGGAGUUUGUGCUGAAAGAGUUGAAGUUAUUAAGGGAGGAAUAUGAGCUUUUAGAGUUUAAUGAUUUCUGAUUUUGAAUUUGGCUGUCAAUACUAAUUGCCUUAGUGAACUCUAAGACUUGAAAGGCGAAAAAGGGCUAGUUCAGCUGUAGCUGUAUGAAAGUACGGGUACUGAUGCAGUUAUAUAAUUGCAGUUAAUGAUCCCAUUUGGCAGAAACAAACAAUUCUUGUAUAACGGCUACAGCAAGUAAACUUGAAAGUGAUUUUGGGCUUAAUAAUGUUUGAAGCUGAUGUUAUGAACUGUCA